UAUGUCACUGGUGACAUGUAACACAAAAUGGAGUUACCCACUCAAAAAUUUCUCCUGUUCCUGCUCCUCUGUAUCUCUCAGAAGUUACUGCGUCAAGUCGAAACGAGCAUCAAAAGCCCCAUUGUUGGCAAUCAACUUAGUUGGUAUUUUCUUUCUCUCUAGCCGAUCGGUUCCGAAAAGAGCAACCUCGAGAAUGGCUCUCUCUCAGUCUCCGCAAGACCCAGUUGCCUGGCCGAAGAAAGUUAUGAUUGCAAACAAAUAUGGUGAAAAUCUUGUUGGCCUGUUACACGAAACUGGAUCCAGGGAAAUGGUAAUCUUAUGCCACGGUUUUCGAUCCACAAAGGAAAAUGUUACCAUGGCAAACCUUGCUGUUGCUUUACAAAAGGAAGGAAGCAGUGCAUUCCGUUUCGACUUUGCUGGGAAUGGGGAAAGUGAAGGUUCUUUUCAGUAUGGUAACUAUUUCCGAGAGGCUGAUGAUUUGCAUGCAGUAAUCCAGCAUUUCCAUGAAGAAAAUCGUGUAGUAAGUGCAAUCCUUGGGCAUAGUAAAGGGGGCAAUGUGGUCCUUCUUUAUGCUUAUAAGUAUUGUGAUAUUCCUGCUGUUAUCAAUGUUUCUGGCCGUUAUGACUUGAAGAGGGGCAUUGAGGAACGCUUGGGAAUCAAUUUUAUGCAGAGAAUUGAGAAGGACAGAUACAUUGAUGUUAAGAAUAAAACAGGAGUUGUCGUGUACCGUGUGACUCAGAAAGUUUAAUGGAUCGGCUAGCUACAGAUUAUGCUUGAAGCGUGUCGUGA